AUGGCCAAGAAGCACCUCAAGCGCUUGUAUGCGCCCAAGGACUGGAUGCUGAGCAAGCUGACCGGCGUGUUCGCGCCGCGUCCGCGUCCGGGUCCACACAAGCUGCGCGAGUGCCUGCCGCUGCUGGUGAUCAUCCGCAACCGGCUGAAGUACGCGCUGAACGCGCGCGAGGGUGAGAUGAUCCUGCGCCAGGGCCUGGUGCACGUGGACAACCACCCGCGCCGCGACGGCAAGUACCCCGCCGGAUUCAUGGACGUGGUCGAGAUCCCGAAGACGGGCGACCGCUUCCGCCUGAUGUACGACGUCAAGGGCCGCUUCGCGUUGGUGAACCUGUCCGAGGCGGAGGCGCAGAUCAAGCUGAUGAAGGUGGUGAACCUGUACACGGCCACCGGCCGCGUGCCGGUCGCCGUGACGCACGACGGCCACCGCAUCCGCUACCCGGACCCGCACACCUCCAUUGGUGACACCAUCGUGUACAACGUCAAGGAGAAGAAGUGCGUGGACCUGAUCAAGAACCGCCAGGGCAAGGCCGUGAUCGUGACCGGCGGCGCCAACCGCGGCCGCAUCGGCGAGAUCGUGAAGGUGGAGUGCCACCCCGGCGCGUUCAACAUUGCGCACCUGAAGGACGCGUCCGGCGCGGAGUUCGCCACCCGUGCCGCGAACAUCUUCGUGAUCGGCAAGGACCUGAACAACCUGCAGGUGACGGUGCCGAAGCAGCAGGGUCUGCGCAUGAACGUGAUCCAGGAGCGCGAGGAGCGCCUGAUCGCGGCCGAGGCACGCAAGAACGCGCCGGCUCGCGGUGCCCGCAAGGCCCGCAAGUGA